GCACUAAUUUUUCCUCUUUUAAUUUAUCAAUUCAUUUCAUCACCAAAAAAAUGGCAAUUCUUUCAGACUACACUGAAGGAGAAAAUCAAUCACAAGCCAAAAGACCUGUAGAUGAAGAAAAACAAGAAGAAAUUAAAGAAAAUGAAAAUCAAGAAUCAAACACUUCUUCUUUAGAUACAAAAGAAGAAGAAGAAAAUAAGAAAUUAAAGCCAAAUCAAUUUAAUGGUCUUGAUAUGGAGAAUUAUACAUGGGGACAAACUCUUCAAGAUGUUACUAUUAAUGUCUCAGUGCCACUUGGCACAAAAUCAAGAUUCUUAGCUGUGGAUAUCAAGAACAAUUCCAUCAAAGUUGGUCUCAAGAAUCAACCAUCAAUUGUUGAAGGUGAACUAUUGGAGCCUGUGAAAGCUGAUGAAUGUUUUUGGAGUUUAGAAGAUCAAAAACAAGUAACAAUUCUCAUGACUAAAAGGAAUCAAUCUGAUUGGUGGAAGAGUUUGUUUAAAAAUGGACCUGAAAUUGACACACAAAAAGCUGAGCCAGAGCCAAGUAGGCUAUCAGAAUUGGACUUAGAAACAAGAUCAGCAGUUGAAAAAAUGAUGUUUGAUCAAAAACAAAAGCAAAAAGGGUUACCAACAAGUGAUGAGAUUCAAAAUCAAGAUCAAAUCAAGAAAAUUAUGGAAGAAAAUCCUGAAAUUGCUAAACAUUUUGCUAAUUCCCCUGCUAAUGCUAAUGGUAAAGGGGGAAUGUCCAAUAUUAGGAUGAUGCCCAAUGGGAUGAUGAGUUAAUUUUGCGUGUGGGGACUUGAUGAGUCGAUCUAUUUAUACAUCUUAUAUUUUACCGUUACAUCAAAAGUUACUUCAUGUAUUAAUUUUUUUUUUAUAUUGCUUUUCGAGUUUGUGGAAUUGGAAUUAUGAUCCCAAAUGUUUGGAAGCAAUUUUCCUAGUUUUAAUUAAUUGUUGAAACAUGAUAUAUAAUCAUAAUACGUGUGU